AGGAACGUGUUAGCAUCGCAUGCCUUCGGUUAUUAGGCUGGGUUUGACAUUAGCCCCUGGGCCUUUUAAACCAACAGAGCCCAAUAAGAGUCCACAAGGGUCCAUUCUUGUAGGGAUGCGAUAUGGACCGUCCGAUCAAAGAGCCUUCCGAUCCGGUGAGAUCGCUCCUUCGUCUCAUAAAUGCCCGCCCUUCCCCAUCGCUAGGGUUUCUCCCGGUCGUCGUCGCAAACCUUCCUCCCAAAAACCCUCGGGCGAUAAUGGUGAAGGGGCGGCAGGGCGAGCGCGUGAGGCUUUACGUUCGCGGCACGAUUCUCGGCUACAAAAGGUCGAAGUCGAACCAGUAUGAGAACACGUCGCUGAUCCAGAUCGAGGGGUUGAACACCAAGGAGGAGGUGGCCUGGUACUGCGGCAAGCGCAUGGCGUACAUCUACAAAGCCAAGACCAAGGCGGACGGGACCCGCUACCGCUGCAUCUGGGGCAAGGUCACCCGCCCCCACGGCAACAGCGGCGUCGUCCGCGCCCAGUUCAAGUCAAACCUCCCACCCAAAUCCAUGGGCGGCAAGGUCAGGGUUUUCAUGUACCCGAGCAAUAUUUGAGGUGGUUAAAAAUAGAGAGCUUGAAGGUUUUCUUCUUAAGCUAGUGUAUCGAUGCGGUGCAAAUAUGACAGAAGGCGGACUUGUAGUUUGGUAACAAUUGAAUUUUGAUGCUUGUUUUUAGUAUGUCAAAUUAUUGAUACUCUAGUUGACUGAACGUAUAUUUGCAGUCUGUUAUUGUGGAAGUGAAACUUAAUUUGCCCAUUAGAAUUAUUUUGUUUUUUUUAUGGGCAUAUUUGGAAAAAUGGCUAUAUAUCAGCUUGUCGCUGCUGAGUGCAUGGAUUGUUUGGGGAGUCAGAUUUGUAGGGUGAGCUUGUGCCCAAACCUUCUUGUAACUUGGGUUCUGUUUGGUAAAGUUUUUGGCAAUA